AUGUGGGUCCCUCUUGGUUCCCACAGCAUUCCAGGACCCCUGAGGGGGGUUCAGAGCAUGCCACCCUCGGCCAGUAACUCCCUCGUGCCAGGCUCACCCAGAGCCUCCAGCCCCAGGCUCCCUCCAGGUUCAGGCUCCCUCCAGCACGUGGACCAGGUGUCCCUGGGCGGUGUGGGACGGCUGCCACACGCACCCUGCAAGGGUACGGCAUCAUGUUGUGCUGGGAGGAUUUUCCUGCGUGGCUCUUUGAAUGGCUCCAUCCCCACCUUAGGUCGGGGUACAGGCAUGGAUAACUUCGAGUACAGCAUCCAGCUGAACGACAGGGAAUGGGCUGAGUUCUUCUUGGCCUCAGAGGAGUGCAACCUCGCCCCGGCCUCGCUGGCCACGGCCGAGGAGCAGCAGAAGGGGAAGGAGCCAGGGGCACAGUCCCCAGGGAAGACAAAGGCCACCAAGCCCUCAAAGGCAGGGCAGGCUGGUGGCUUGGGUGUACGUGACGGUGCACCAGUGAUCCCUGACAACGGAGCCGCGGCUCCUUCAGGAGAGGCGUGCCAGGGGAUGCCAGGGAAGCCUCUCCAACCCAAGAUCACGGCAGCUUUCAGAGGGGAUGCUGCUGAGGGAGCCUGGAAGGAUCCUGCAGCUGAGAUCCCUGGAGUUCCUGCAGCUGAGAUCCCUGGAGUCCCUGCAGCUGAGAUCCCUGGGGUUUCUGCAGCUGAGAUCCCUGGAGUCCCUGCAGUUAAGAUCCCUGGAGUCCCUGCAGCUGAGAUCCCUGGGGUUCCUGCAGCUGAGAUCCCUGUGGUUCCUGCAGCUGAGAUCCCUGGAUUCCCUGCAGCUGAGAUCCCUGUGGUUCCUGCUGAGAUCCCUGCGGUUCCUGCAGCUGAGAUCCCCAGGAAGCCCUCAGAGAUCCCCAUGGUUCCUUCAAUUGAAAUCCCUUGGGAGCCUACCCCCGAGAUUCCCAGGAAGCCUUCAUCUGGGAUCCCCAGGUCUCCUCCUAUUGACAUCCCUAGGAAUACUGCAGCUGGGAUCCCCAGGGUUGCUACUCCUGAGAUCCCCUGGAGACCUGCCCCUGAGAUCCCCAGGAAGCUGAGCCCCCCAUGCUUUGCAGAUGGGGCUUCUGCAAGGUCAAACACCCUGGAUGUGACCUGGCCUGAGAUGUAUGACUAUUUUUUCUGUGAUUCCCAAGAGGAAGAAGAACUGGGGAGCUCAGUGGAGGGGCGGAGAUCACCCUUGCAAAGGGAAAUAUCCUGGCCUGAACUGUACGAGUAUUUUUUCAAUGAACCAGAAGGAAACAGGAAAAAAGUCAAAGGUAAAGACAGGAAAAGAAAGAAGUUCAGCAGCUUGGACCACGCUGGGCUGCAAAAUGAGGAUCCCAGCUCAGCUGCAGUCAAGGACACUGUGAUUAUCUCAGUCCCCGAGGUGUGUGAACACUUCUUCCCAGAGACACCUAGGAACAGGAUGGGCUGGAGAGGGAUUUUCUCAAUUGCUCCAGCCUCCGAGGUGAAGAGAGCUGUGAGGGCUCUGAAGUCCCUCCUGCAAAGGCAAAUCCACCCCGACAGUGGCCAAGGCCCAGCCUCCCAGGCUCUGGUGCCGAGAGGAUCCGCAGAGAAGUUCGCCCUCGUCCCACUGGCUCCCCUGGGAAGAGGCCAGGUGUGGCCAGAAGGGACAGCAGAGGAUCCACGAGUGCUGACCCACAAAGACAUGUGCCUGGUGUUCUGUGCCUUUGCAUCCUGGGCAGUGAAGACAUCUGACCUGCAGGCUCCGGAUGCCUGGAAGACCAUGUUCCUGGCAAGUUUUGGCACGCUCUCUGCCAUCCGCUACUUCCGGAGGCAGGUCAGAGAAGGACAACCCCGGACUUAGGCUCAGCCCACACUGGAGGUGCUUCCUGGGGACAGGUGGGCACGGUGGAGGCAGAGACUUGGGACUUUGUUCUUGGACAGUGUGAGAAGCCUGGAUCCCAGCACCAAGACUUCUCUGGACCCAUCCCUACACGGGACAGGACGUCCCAGGAAGCAGGAUCGUUCCGGUGACAGGAAUUGAUGGCACGGUAGGCAGUCGGUACCUGUACUGGAGAAAAGGGGAGCCCAGCCUGGGCUGGCUCUGGUCUUUCCUUGCACUCUCCUGGGACACUCCCUAGGAGCAGCCAGUGUCUGUUCCAGGGCACUGCUUAUCCCUCCUCCCCGCUGAAGUCACCUGGUGGCAAAGGAAGGCACUGACGUGGUGGUGGAGGGAGGUGAGGGCAAAAGAAACUAGGAAAGUGCUUCAUUGGUAUGAAAGAGCUGGGAUAUCUGUGAAGGAAGAGUGGAGAGAGCUUUGGGAAGAGCUGUCUGUCCAAACAUGGGGCUUGGCUAAGCAUGUGCUGGCUGGGCAGCAGCUAAAGGGGGAUGGAGGGGCCGCUCUCCUGGCAGAGCCCAGGGCUCCCAUGUCUGGUUUGGCUCACUGCAGGAGGACUCAUCCUCUUGGAAUUCACUCCUAGAAGUCACAGCUCAGUGUAACAGUUCAGGAGGCUGAGAUAAGGUUUCUGUUGCAUGCAGCCACCUCAGCCCUGCUGAGCCAGAGCCACGUCUGUCCCCGUGGGUGAGGAGCACCCGCUGCAAGGACACAUCCCAAACCCACAGGCAGAGGAUGGACAGGGGUCACACAGCCAGAGCCAGGGAAAGGGGCAGCCAGGAAGGGUUCUGCAGGAGAUGCACAGGAUGGAAAGGGGCAGCAGAGAAAGGGCCUGAGCUCAGGGAAGUCUCAGGAAAGAGCCCUGACGAGGACAGGAGCAUGUCGGAGAGGAGGAAGAAGUACGUGUACGUGUUUGGCUCUGCCCAAACCACACAAAGGGUCUGGAUAUAUGACUUGUUCCCUCUUCUGCCUCCCACCCUGGAGGGGUAAAGUUGGCUGGGGGAGAUGUGGGGUUAAGGGGGUGCUGUGGCUGAGUCUGUAACCUGGGGGCCUGGGAAGGGCUCGAGGGGGCCCAGAAUGGAAGGUGGGGUGAGAAAUAAAAAGGAAGCAAUUCAGUUCCUCCCCUGUCUCCAGUGCCUUCCUCAUCACUCAAGGGCAUUAUUCAUGAGGGUUUUUCUUGACUCCCAAGUCUGGUAACAGCAUGAAUGUGAGAUUAAGCACUCAGGGACCAGAUCCACAAAGGUACUAAGGAAAAUCAUCCCAGAAUACCAGUGUGGAUCUGCCUGUGAGCUUUAUAGGAAUGAUGUUUGUGAUGUUUGUCUCAUGAAACCAGAGAGGGGAGGUUUAGCUCUUUCCUUGUAAUGCAGAGUGCCAUGCAAUUUUAAUGUGUGUAGGGAUGGACUGAAGACCAUGUAUUGUUGCUGAUAAGAGAGCACACUGUGCAAUUGUGCAGUGAGAUAUGUAACUGUAAGUAGUGAGAGAGAUGUACAGGCUCUAUAUGGACUAUAGCAGCUGUAUAUCCAGUAAGAGGAGUUUUGUGGAGGAGAAGAACAGAUAAAACAUGCUGGAAGCUUCUAAUAAAGUUCUAUUUCAUUUACUA